AUGAAGGCCAUUAACAAAGCCUUGAUCCUCUAUAUCGGGAUAUGCGCACCCGGCCUUUCCAGCGCCUGGAAAAUCGGUCGUAUAAUCGGCGUACUACCAGCCAACGGGGCAGUUCCCGAACCCUAUCCCGCCAAGAAUUAUAUAAAUAUCGCCACGAAGCCUAAAGAUUGUACCGAAAUGAGUGUUGGACCUAAGCGUCUUAACCCAAAACUCGACAAGACCACAGGUUUCGAAGCUGACGACGGGGGUAAAAAAGGGGGGGUAGUUUCCUUCCAAGGCAUACAGAUCAGACAAGGAAAUGCAGCUAAAACCCCACUAUCUGAAGUUAAAUACAUAGCUCUCUGGGUAAACAAAAACUGUGAAUCAGUUCCUCAGGCGAUAAUCCACUUCUGGGAGGACUACCCGGGGGCUUUCCAAGAUGUCAACUUUGCGAUACUCGAAACAGCUAUAAAAGUACAUGAACAUCCCUUUGACCUCGAAAAAAUGGGAUGGUGGUCAUGGGGUGAAGUCCAACCCUUGGAGGAUGGAACAGAUCGGUUUCCAUGGGUGCCAGAGGGGGGUGUGGCAUGGCGAGUCUCAAAGGUUCUACGGAGUCGAGAUAGAUAUGGGAUAUACGUAGUAGUACCGAACGUGAUCAAAGUCGGAAACUUCGUAACUAUUCCGGGAAUUGGGGCCGAAAAGGACAAAACAACGUGGGUAACAGAGGACUCGUCACGUGGUACCGCCUGGAGUACGGGGUCCCUGCAUGAUUACGCCCUCCCGGAGUUUGACAACGGACUCAUUGCGGUACCGAAGCAUCAACACGAAGUGGGUGUCAGUGAAAAGGCUACGAUGGAAGAGAAACUGGCAAAGUCGGAAGCAAACCGUCGGUCGAGGGAAAGCGUUCGGAUUGUGAGCUCUGGUGCUUAUAUUAGGGAUCAAGAUGCCGCGCUUGUGUUCGCUAAAGAAAAUCAGAAAAUAAAGGCAGCUGCACGCGCCAAAAAACUCGCAGACCUAAAUGCAAAUUCUGGCGCUGGCGCUGAUGCUGAUACCAAUAGCGAUUUACCGGGGAGAGCGGGAGGCGGCGAUAGUAGAGAUACUGACCAAAUUUCAAUCCCACCAGCAAGCGACGCUGUGGUCGAACCCUCAAGUUUUAUCACUAGCUUAUAUGAAUCCGGGGCAGCGCACUUACUACGGCAGGCACAGGUGGCAAAGAAUCAGCUCAGCUAUGAGUUUCAACAACUAUCCGCAGACCAAAUGGCUGAUCUCCAGAUGGACCAAACCUCCUUACUCCCACCGAUUCAGCUGGUUGACCUUUUGUACUUCACGAGGGUUAGAAGAGAGUUGACCGAUGCUGGCUAUGAUCAUGACACUGCGACGGCUACUUUGCAGCAAGGGUUAUCAAAAUUACGCGAUGAGCGAGAUAGACCGUUGGGCGGAAAUGCGGCUGAUUCUGGGUCUCAGUAUACAUAUGAGCUUGAGUCCGAACAGACGGCACCGGAUCAGUUGGGACCGGAUGAAAUACGAAGGAUGCAGGAGUUUGAAGAAAUUCUGAAAAAGGAAGAAGAUGGGCAGGUUAAGACAGAAGAUGGGCAAGUUAAGACAGAAGAGAGGCAAGUCAAGACAGAAGAGGGACAAACUAAGAUAGAAGAAGGCCAAGUUAAGAUGGAGGAGGAGGAGAUAGAGGGAGAUCUAGAGAUAGAGUAA